AUGGUGUGGACUCUUGGCAGGACGAACGAAGUGUUGUGGGAUGGCGAAAAGCACUUUUCUGAUGGGAAAUUGGUGGUGUUGAAUGCACGUCCGGAAUUUGUGAAGGCAGAGUCCCAGAUCGUUGCCCAGGCGGGCAUCCCUGGGAUGGUGACCAUCGCAACAAACAUGGCAGGGCGGGGCACGGACAUCCUGCUUGGGGGCAACGCAAAGGGCCUGACAGAGAGCGCCCUGUACCGGUUGGUCUUCUCGCAGGUCAUGGAAGAUGUCGGUGCCCUCGAUGGCAUUCCCAAGAUCCCAUUGCCUGAGUUCCGUGACGAUGGGAACAUGAUGUCUGGCCUGCCACCCUCACUGUACGGACAUCUGCAGAAGGCCCUGCUCCGCUGCAGGGGGCCCUCCGAAGAGGCCAUGGCCACCUUCAGCGACGUGGAGGCCAUCAUGGAGAGCGUGAUGGAUGUCACAGAGAAGCUGAAAAUCCUGGCCACGCAGGCACUCAGACCGAAUGAUGAACAUGCAAUGAGGCUCAGGGACCUGGACUUUGAGCAGGAUAUCCGACCUGUGGUUCGGAGCGUGCUGACAGCUGAAGAGAGCAUGCUGGAAAAGAAUUCCGGCCCCCGCCAGGCGCUCAUAGAGGCAGCCAUCCACACUUGGCUGUGGUUCGAGCAGAAGUGUGAGCUCUACGGUGACAUG